GCGCUCAAGUGUCGAGCUGCCGCGGCGAGGGCUGCUCAGCGUCCGACGACUCUCGCUAUCGGCCCUGCGGCGAAUGCGGGGUGCAGCUGCUCGCUGCACCUCGGCACUAUGGCGGCACGGCUGCGGUGCGGCCGGACCUGCCUCCGCGGCUCCUGAGCCGGCGGCUGGCGGUGGCCCAUCACGUGCGCCUCGCCAGCGCGCCAUCAUGUCCGUGCGCAGCGAGCGUCCUGCUCCCUCCUUCAGCACCUCCACCCCCAGCCACACGCCAUGUCCCAGCCGCCGCUGCCGCCGCUGCCGUGGGCGCUGAGCACGUACGCAUCGCCGGCGCUCACCAUGCUCGACUCGUCGCCCGGCCUGCCGCACGCGCUCGUCGUGCUGCCCGGCCUCACCGACACGCUCGGCUCCCUCCCCUACACCGACGCCCUCGUGCGUGCGCUGCACCCGCUCGGCGUCGCCGUCGUGCUGCCGCAGCUCAGCUCCGGGCUCGGUGGCUGGGGCGUGGCCAGCGUCGAGGCCGAUGCGCGCGAGGCGGCCGCCGCCGUGGCUGCGCUGCGUGCCCGUGGGCGCCGCGCCGUCUUCCUCCUCGGGCACAGCACCGGCUGCCAGGACAUCAUGGCCUUUCUCUCGGCACCGCGUGCGCCCGAGUGCGCUGUGCAGGGCGCCGUACUGCAGGCACCUUGCUCCGAUCGUCUCGACUGGGAGGAGGGCAGCGACGAUGAGGCGGCACAGGCCCAGCUGGAGGAGGCCACGCGCCUCGUGCGUGCUGGACAGGGCAGCACGCUGCUGCCCCGUGCCGUCGCAGCGCCGCGGCCCGCACACGCAGUCGGCCGCACCGGUAGCGAGCCGAUGGGUGCCAACGGUGCCAACAUCACCGAGCCGCCCAUGACGGCGUACCGCUACUGGAGCCUGUAUGCGCCCGGCGGCGACGACGACUACUUCUCCGGCGACCUGCCCGAGUCUUCGCAGCGCGCCAUCUGGCAGCGCGCGCUCGAGGGACUGCGCCGCCAGUGGAAGGACGAGGCAGAGGUGCCUGGCCGUCCGGAGCUGCUUGCCCUCUGCGGCGACGAAGACGAGUACAUGCAUGCGCCGUACCUCGCCGGCGCCGUGGUGUCGCAGUGGAACGGUCUCGCUCUUUCAGCACCGGAUGCUGCGUUCGCGGCCAUGGUUGUGCCUGCAGCGAACCACAAGGUCGAUGCAGCCGCCGCUCAGCAGCACGUGGUGCACGCUGUCUGCAACCUCGUGCGCCGGGUGCUGGCGCAGCCGGAGCUGCCGGCACUCGAGAGCCUGACGCUCAGCGAUGCACAGCGGGAAGGGCACAAGGGCGAGCAUCCGCAGAGCUUCGACGCGAUCGUCGAGCUCAUCACGACCGGGCGCGCCGAUGCGAUCCCGGGCAUCCGGCAGAUUCCAUCCAAGAUCAGCGAUGCGCCGCCAUCAGAAGCAGUGCUCGCGCGGCCACUGAAGCCUUGGGAGCGCCCCCAGGACGACAGCGCGCAAGAGCCGCACCAUGCCGGCGCGCCCGCCAUGUAACGUCAAUUCCGUGUCACCAUCCUCCGGUCCGGCGCACAAGCCCGCCUGCUGCUUUCUGAUGUGUGUCAUUCAGGCGAGAUCCGGCGGCUUGGCUCGCCGGUCGCCGCGCCUUGAGUUCUUGGGUCGUGAGCUGGCAGCAGGCCGAGCGUCGUUGGGCGAGCUGCUGUCCGGCCCGAAGAUGCGUGCGCGUGCCUGAGCGUACUCUUCCUCGCGCUGGGCCCGCGACUUAGCGGGAGCCACGGGCGCCGGCGCGCUCUCGGCUGCGUUCCUCGGCGGACGGGCCAGAAUACGUGGCGGCGGCGCCGAGUCCGA